AUGGAUCCUGGCCCCCCCGCCCUCCCGAGGAAGAAGGCAGCGACUGGGCGUGCCUGGCAAAGCCUCCUCUGCCUCCGUCCCCGCAGGCAGAAGAAGAAGGUGGCUUAUUCCACCUACAUCCACAAGCUCCUAAACCAGACGUGGUCCACUGGAGCCUCCUGCCUCGUGGCUGCCACCCUUGCCUGGCUGGGCAGCCCCCGGCUGCUCAGGGACGUGGCGCUGGAAGCUGCCCGGCUCUCCCGCUGCGGCAGAAGAAGCCACCUAGGCCACCGGGAAGUCCUGCUGGCCAUGAAGCUGGUGCUGCUGCGUGAACUCUCCAAGCCUCCUCCAGGAUCCUCAAGCUGUGAGCCGCUACUGAAGGGACAUGGCAAGAUGGGACAGUCUUAG